AAGACCACGAGCACUUAGAUUCGCCUGACCAUACGGCUUCAAAAGAUCGCCAGGAUUCAUAUUCUCCUGACCAUAUGGCAUCUGAUUCGAAAACCCAUGGGGAUUCAGAUUUGCAUGACUAUGAAAGCUCAGACUAUUUGUACUCAGAACCGCCUGACUAUUAUGCCUUUGAUUCGACGGAUUCGAAAGACAACGAGCCCUCAGAUUCACCUGACCAUACGGCUUCAAAAGACCAUCAGGAUUCAUAUUCUCCUGACCAUAAGGGAUCAGAUUCGAAAACCCAUGGGGAUUCAGAUUUGUAUGACUAUGAAAGCUCCGACUACUUGUACUCAGAACCGCAUGACUAUUAUGCCUUCGAUUCGACCGAUUCGAAAGACCACGAGGACUUAUAUUCGCCUGACCAUAAGGCUUCAAAAGACCAUCAGGAUUCAUUUUCUCCUAACCAUAAGGGAUCAGAUUCGAAAAUCCAUGGGGAUUCAGAUUCGCAUGACUAUAAGUAUUCGGACUAUUUGUUAUCAAAACCGCUUGCCUAUUAUGACUCAGAUAUGCGUGACACAGAUUCGAAAGAUCAUGUUGACUCAGAUUCGCUUGACCAAAAGGAUUCAAAAGACCAUGAGGGCUCAUAUUCGCUUGACCAUGAUUCAGAUUCGAAAGAUUCGGCAGAUUCAAAAGACCGUGACUCAUAUUCGGAAGGUCAUGAGGACUCAGAUUCGAAAGACCAUAAGGACUUAACUUCUCCUGACUAUGCGAACUUAGAUUCUCCUGACCAUGCGGACUCAGGUUCUAAAGACCAUGGGGACACAUAUUCCCCUGACCAUGAGGACUCAGGUUCGAAAGACCAUGAGGACUCAGAUUCACCUGACUAUGAGAACUCAGAUUCGCAAGACCAAAAGGACUUAAAUGAUCUUUGUUGGAGGAUCGCUAAUCCGAUGAACGCCAUUUGGUUCUGGCUUUUACCCUUCACUCUGCUGCUUCUGCCCGCCGUCUACUGCAGUCACUAUCUGCGAAGUCGCAUGCGGAGUUUAACGAGUACUUCGGCGGAUACACUGAUAUCCCUAUGUGAGGAGAACUUUGUGCCCCCCUGCACUCUGCCAGUGGGAUUACCACACAGUACCUGUUGCAGAUAUCUGCCAAUUGUGCCGGAAACGAAUGUCGAUCAAUUGGAGCCCAGAAAGGAUGUAUAUGUCCAUCAACGGGUAUCGAUACAGGAAGUAACUAAAGAGUUUAUUUUGUAA